GUUCUCCCUUCUCCUUUUUCUCACUUGUAACUUUCUCUCUGUAAAUCCCCCCCUUCCCCCUCUUUCUCUCUGUUUCUCUCUCUCAUGAGAGUUCAGAGCCCUAAGCUAUGUCUCUGAGAAGCGUUUUUCGGUCUCGGAAAUUCUGUAGAUCCUUCAAGGAGGUUAGGGCUAUCGAGGAAGAUGAGCGGAAGGGGCGGCUUGGCGGUGAUUCUGACAACGGUGAGUCCCCUCCAUACGGCCGUUCAUGGGCCACUAUGCUGCCGGAGCUUCUUGGGGAGAUCAUUCGCCGGGUUGAGGCCACCGAGGACCAGUGGCCCAACCGCCAAAACGUCGUUGCUUGCGCCUGCGUGUGCAAGAGGUGGAGGGAUAUCACUAAGGAGAUCGUGCGGUUCCCUUCUCGCGACAGCGGCAGAAUAACUUUUCCUUCUUGCCUCAAGCAGCCAGGACCACGUGACGUCCCUCACCAAUGUAUUAUAAAGAGGGAUAAGAAGACUUCGACAUUUCACCUAUACCUUGCCCUUACUCCACCAUCAUUCACAGAUAGAGGUAAGUUUCUCUUGGCAGCUAAGAGAUAUAGGCGUGGUUCUGGUAUCGAAUAUAUACUUUCACUUGAUGCUGAUGACAUAUCGCAAGGAAGUAAAGCUUAUGUUGGAAAGUUAAGCUCAGAUUUUCUUGGCACCAACUUCACAAUUUAUGAUAGCCAGCCUCCCCAUUGUGGUGCAAAGCCAUCAAAUGGCAAGGCCAGCCGUCGUUUUGCCUCCAAGCAAAUAAGCCCUCAAGUUCCUGCUGGUAACUUUGAGGUGGGGCAGGUAUCGUACAAGUUCAACCUUUUGAAGUCAAGAGGGCCAAGGAGGAUGGUUUGCUUACUGAAGUUCCCAAACCAAUCAUCAGGAGAAAGUUCAGAUAGCAGAUCUCUGGGUGCUCACAAGACGAGCAAUACAGAACAAGCUGCCUCACAAUACUCAAUCUUGAAAAACAAAGCUCCGAGGUGGCAUGAACAUUUGCAAUGCUGGUGCUUAAAUUUCCACGGUCGUGUGACUGUAGCAUCAGUGAAGAACUUUCAGCUAGUUGCGACGGUGGACCAAAGCCAACCAGGAGGGAAAGGAGAUGAGGAAACAGUUCUUCAAUUUGGGAAAAUAGGGGAUGAUACCUUCACUAUGGAUUACAGGAAGCCCUUGUCUGCAUUUCAGGCCUUUGCCAUAUGCCUAACUAGCUUUGGCACUAAACUGGCUUGUGAGUAAAUAUAUUUUUUGGUUUCAUUAUGCCUAUUUAUUUUAUGGAUGUCAUAAAUGAAUAGUUAUUCUGAAUCUCUUUUUUCCCGCAUAGUUGAGUUUACUAUUUGAUUGGAGGAAGUUGAUGUAAAUGCUCUUCAUUUAUCCCUAGGAUAAUGACAUCUUCCAUAAUCAAAUAGUCGUGAUACUCCUGGGUCAGUUCUA